CGGGGCGAGGCGUGGGCGCCGGGCGCUCGAGGCUCUGCAGCAUGUGCCUGCGCUGUACCGGCGACGACGCCGCCCAGGUCAACCCCGAAGGACCAAGGAGGUACCAUCCUUCAGAGGUCACUGCAAGGCAGUCCAUGGCUAAACGUAUUGAGAAUAUGCAAAACCUGAGGAAAGAGAAGAGAAAACUGAGCAAACGGUUUGCAAGACCUUCUCCUGUUCCGGAACCAGGCCUCCUGUGGACAUAAAGCUGGAGUCUAUAUGGAAGAAAUCAUGUGUCAGACCAAAAUAUGCAGAUUUCUAACAUCAAGUGACAUUUCGUGAUUUGGCUUCAUUUGAAAACUAAAGGCAAUAUUCUGCCAUUUCAGCAAAAUAAACACAGUGCAACCAUUUAAUAUCCAAA